AUGAGGUGCAAUCUGUUGGCGGAUCCUGACUUGAAACGACUGUUGCCCGUGCAAACUGACGGUGGAGACUUGUACCGUAAAGUGCAGGAUGGUCUCAUAUUAUGCAAACUCAUCAAUCUCGCUGUUCCGGAAACGAUCGACGAACGAGCGAUAAACAAAAAAAAUUUGAAUACGUAUACGAAACUCGAAAACCUCACGUUAGCGUUGAUGUCCUCACAGGCGAUCGGUUGCAAUAUAGUCAACAUAGAUGGUUAUGAUCUCAGCAAGGGACGACCACAUCUUGUGCUCGGAUUACUCUGGCAGAUUAUUCGAAUUGGAUUAUUCAAUCAGAUUGAUUUAGUUCAUGUGCCAGGCUUAUUCCGAUUGCUGAACGAAGACGAAUCUAUCGAUGAUUUGAGGAGGUUAUCACCCGAACAGAUUCUCUUACGAUGGGUUAAUUACCAUCUUGCAAGGGUGAGAAAAUAA